AGACAAGAAACGAGGUUAUGUUGGUUGACCAGUUGCCUUUAUAACAAACUUAACCCGAUCUAUACAAUUUAUAUUAAAAUCAAAUUACUCCGAUUUUUAAGAGAGACUGGUAUGCAAAUUGUUUGACCCUACAAGAUCCAGGAGACGGCGAACACAUAAGCCUGCGCGAGAAUCUCGAGUGAACCUGGAGUGUCAGUCCAGCUCCGGCACCUUGGCAGAAUGUACCCCAUAGAUCCAGAGAGGCACAGUCAACGGAGGGAGUAUGGAGAACCAGAGAGAUGCAGUCAGCGGAGGGAGUAUGAAGAACCAGAGAGAUGCAGUCAGCGGAGGGAGUAUGAAGAACCAGAGAGGUACAGUCGGCGGAGGGAGUAUGGAGAACCAGAGACAUACAGUCGGCGGAGGGAGUAUGAAGAACCAGAGAGGUACAGUCGGCGGAGGGAGUAUGAAGAACCAGAGACAUACAGUCGGCGGAGGGAGUAUGGAGAACCAGAGAGAUGCAGUCAGCGGAGGGAGUAUGGAGAACCAGAGAGAUGCAGUCAGCGGGUGGAGUAUGGAGAACCAGAGAGGUACAGUCGGCGGAAGGAGUAUGGAGAACCAGAGACAUGCAGUCAGCGGGUGGAGUAUGGAGAACCAGAGAGGUACAGUCGGCGGAAGGAGUAUGGAGAACCAGAGAGGUACAGUCGGCGGAAGGAGUACGGAGAACCAGAGAGGUACAGUCGGCGGAAGGAGUACGGAGAACCGAGCUCAGGACAAUGGAACGAUAGCCUUAAGAGAGACAACGCCCAGGCUAUGGCCAGAGAGCCCUACAGUGAAUACUCCAGCAUGAGGAGGACUAGAGAAGGUUGGGAGGAGUAUGGUAGCUCAUAUCAGAGGAAGCACAUCAUGGACCCGUCGUCCAGAGACUGGAGCGAAGGCUCAUUGAGGGGUAGCGGUGCUCCCUUCUCCCCAGACACAGAUGGGGACGUUGAUGGAGAUCCUCUGGAGCUCAGUGUGGAGGACCUAGAGGUCAUAGAGGAGAAGAGAGCUUGCAAGAAAGCUGUUCUUGCUAUGCCAAAGGUUAAACGCGGAGUUAAGGACAUGCCUAAAGCACAGACUGCAUAUGCAACAGCGAAGGACAUGUCUAAACAGAGGAAGGCGAACAAUACAACAUUUAACAGUAAUGUCGCGGACCAGUCCUCACGCAUAUGCCAACCUCUUAAACGGAGGGUGCUGGACAUUCUGAGUAAGGAUACCCCUGCCAAGCUGAAGAAACAAAACAAGAUGCGAGCAUUGGAGCUGAUGAUUAGCGCUCCCCUAGAAAAUGAAGAGGCCCGUCCUCUGAGACUGAAAGUGAAGGCUUUAAUGAACCAGCGACGCUCUCCCAACAAUGAGGUGGUCCCGAAUGAUAAACGGCACAAUCAGAGGCCAGUUCAUUCACUCAGGACACAGGAGCAAGACAUAGCAGCCACAGGCUUCCAGCGCUUCCUCAAUGUCCUCAAUGAAGGGGUGGACAUCAACAAGCUCUCAAAGAUCGUCAACAACAAAAAUGGGUUACUCAUUGUGGGCGAGAAGCUACCACAAGUUUGGCCGACUCUGCCCGAGGGUCAUGUUGACUCCAGCAGUAGAUCCAAGUCUUCUCCAGUUGAGGAGAAGAAGAAGGUGAGGCUUGAGGAUGAGCAGCGGUACGAGCAGAUGCAGACCCUGCUGGAGAUCGUUGGGCUGGACUUGGGGGUUGAGGAGUUGGGUCAGCUGACAGACAGGACCAAUGAUAGGCUGUAUGGGAAGAUGGGAGACUUGAAAAGGAAGUUCAAGAAUGAGAAGAGAAAAGAGAAAAAGGAGAGCGAGCCCUCAUUUAAACAUCUCAGUACUUCCUCAUUACCAUCAGACAGCGCCAGCCCUAGCCCCCUUCUAAACCAGCACUCAAACAUGACCGUUGAAUACAGCAGCUCUAGUAACAGGGUAUGGGACAUAGAGAGACACAGGGACAGAUCUGAGAGGGACUGGCACCGACACUCUGGUACCAGAGACAAGGACAGAGGGAAGGAAGAGGAUAUAGUCAGAAAAAUUGAGAGAUCUGAAAGAGAUGGAGAGAGAGAUGGGCACAGACACUCUAGUACUAGAGACCAGGACAGAGAGGGAGACAAGGACAGAGUCAGAAAAGGGGACAGUCCUGCGAGAGAGAAAUACGGGCGAAGAUGCUCUCGUACCAGAGAAGGGCCGAGUCAGAGAAAGGGACAGAUCUGAGAGAAACCGAAAGGGAGACGGGCACAGACACUCUAGUACCAGAGAGAGAGAGACAAGGACAUACCAGUAGUCAGAGAAACUAAGAGAUCAGAAAGGAAUAGAGAUAAAGACCCAGAGAAAGACUGGGACGGAGGCCGAGAGAGAGACCGGGACAGAUCUAGGAGAGACGGGCCGAUACAGAUCUGAGAGACACGGGGACAGAGACCCAGAGAAAGACUGGGACGGAGGCCGAGAGAGAGACCGGGACAGAUCUAGGAGAGACGGGCCGAUACAGAUCUGAGAGACACGGGGACAGAGACCCAGAGAAAGACUGGGACGGAGGCCGAGAGAGAGACCGGGACAGAUCUAGGAGAGACGGGCCGAUACAGAUCUGAGAGACACGGGGACAGAGACCCAGAGAAAGACUGGGACGGAGACCGGGACAGAUCUGAGAGACACGGGGACAGAGACCCAGAGAAAGGCAGGGACGGAGGCAGAGAGGGAGACCGGGACAGAUACAGAUCUGAGAGAGACAGAAACCGAGCGAUAGACAAGGACAUAGACAGGUGGUUGCAAAGGACCAGAGACAAACAGACAGCGACUGCCACACUAUUACUAAAGACUGGGACAUAGAGAGAUCUGAGAGGUUUAGGCAUGGGGAUGAGUCCAUUGACAGCUCAAUUGAGCUCUACUCAUACUCCAUUUACCCUGUAUACCCUGUUUCUCAUCCUCCUCGUGCAUCUAUAAUGGCAACAAACUCCCCCACCCAGUACUCUCAGUUUAUGGCAUACCACAGCAGCCCCUACACCAUUGCCUUCCCUCCAGUGUGGGGUUAUCCCCCUGAUACCACGCUUCCUGGUAUUAUGUCCCCUGGUACCAUGCUUCCUGGAAUCAUGCCCGCUGGUGCCAUGCUGCCUGGUAACAAGCCCCUCCUACCUAACCCCCCUGGGGAUCCACCCUACCCCAGCGCCCCCCCAUAUUACUCUAAUGGCACCACAUCCUUAAACCAGACAUACGCAUCUACCCAGCCUGCUAGCAACCUCCAGCUCACAUCUACCCAGCCUGCUACUAGCAACCUCCAGCUCUCAUCUACCCAGCCUGCUACUAGCAACCUCCAGCUCUCAUCUACACAGCCUGCUACUAGCAACCUCCAGCUCACAUCUACCCAGGCUACUACUAGCAACCUCCAGCUCACAUCUACCCAGGCUGCUACUAGCAACCUCCAGCUCACAUCUACCCAGCCUGCUACUAGCAACCUCCAGCUCACAUCUACCCAGGCUGCUACUAGCAACCUCCAGCUCUCAUCUACCCAGGCUGCUACUAGCAACCUCCAGCUCUCAUCUACCCAGCCUGCUACUAGCAACCUCCAGCUCACAUCUACCCAGCCUGCCAGCACUCCAGCAGUCUUAAGUUAGAGAUACACAUACACCCAGCCUGCUAGCAACCUCCAGCUCACAUACACCCAGCACGCUAGCAACCACAAGGAAAAGUCACAGAAGCAUGCAGAAGCCGUAGUGAAAGUGUCCUGUCAGAUGGCGACAAAGAAGUCCCCCGCGGUAUUGACCACUCGGAUAGCGACAAAGAAGUCCCCCUCUGAACCAGGGUCCAAGAAGAAAGCAAAGGGGAGAAACAAUAUAUUCUUCACAGGUAUAUUCAUGAAGAGUUAUCAGUCAUCUAAGGAAGUUUCAGUAUAAUAUGAAAUGGCUUGAGAAGAGGAGGAAUAAGGCUCACCAGCGCAAAAGAAAGCGAUUGCUUGCAGCAGGGAAAGUGGCCCCUCACUUCCCCUUUGAACCGGAGCCCAAGAAAGACCAAGAAGGAGAAGCAAUGAUAGAUGGGGAGAAACUACAUGCUGACACUGCUAAAGAAGUGGUCCCUCAGGAAGCUGCAAAGAAUUUGGAGACACCAUCUGAAACAGGGCCUAAGAAAGAACCAGAAGGCGAGAAACCACAUGCUGACGCUGCAGAGAAAGUGGCUCCUCAGGUGACUGCAAUCGACUCUGCGGCCCCCUCUGAAAUGGGCCCCAAGAAAAAAAUGUUGUAUCCAGGUAUCUUCAUGAGGAUUCGAAUCAGAUGUCUAAAGAGGCAUCAGUACAAGAUGAAAGGGAAUAGGAAGCAUCUUGCAAAGAGGAGGAAAAAGGCUUUCCAGUACAAAGGGAAGAGACCACUUGUAGACACUAAGGAGAAAGUGCCUCUAGAUGCUGCAAAGGACUCUGGGGAGCCCUCUGAGCCAAAGCCCAAGAAAAAGAAGAAAACACUAGAGGAAAAAGGAGAGCGGUUCCGUGUACCCUUAUGAAUAUAUUUGACAAGGGGGAAACUGUCAAAGGCAAAAGCAGAUACUGAGGCCAAUGAACCAGCACCCAAGAUGGAAGGGGAGGGAGGAAUGACAGAAGGGAAGGAACUGCUUGCAGACACAAUAGAGAAAGUAGUUCCUCAGAUGGCUACAAAUGACUCUUAGCUUCCCUCUGAACCAGGGCCCAACAAAGAACCAGAAAGAGAGGAAGAAACUACGUUAGAAGAGGAGAAACUGCUUGCAGAUCAUAUGGAGAAAAGUGUCUGCAAAGGGCCCUCUUGGAACCAAAGGCUGAGAAAGGCCGAGAAAGAGAGGACAACGCAAUUAAAGAUGGCGAGAAACUGCUAGCAGACCUUGUGGAGAAAGCGGCUAUAAUGGGCCCUGGCUUCCUCUCUGAACCAGGCUGAGAAAGAGACAAGGGGAGAAACAACAAGUUCUCCCUUGGUUAUCUGAAAUACCCAUGUUUUCACUAAGAUGAGGUUAUGUUGACCUUUUAUCUACCUAUGACUUGGCGUUCACCAUUCAACCACAUUUUGUUGUUGUUAUGGCAAAGCCUUUUAAUGACAUUGAAUUUCUUAAAUGUUCCUCAACUUGAAGAGUUCAACCUGAAGAUGGGCACGCCUAACAUAGCCUCAAAGGAUGGCUAGCUGUUAUCUUCACUUGGCAUCAUGAUCUCAUCUCCCACUAGAAUAGAACCUGCUGCAGACCCAUCCAGACCCUAUGGACAUCAGUUGGCUUACAUUCUUACCUAUCAUCCAUUUAUAGAUUUGUAAUGACACUAACAAAGGAUUUUUUAAAGUUGAGCCUUGUCCUUAAAUGCUUCAUAUUGAAGUUAUUUUCAGUGUAAUUUAUUAGUAUUGUGUGUAUGUGGUAGGGCCUAGGCCAUUCAUAUAUGCUAAGUACCUUUAGCGUCUAUUGACGAUAGUAUCUUCUGGCCGGGGGCACCGACACUUGCACGAAAUGUUAACAUGCAUCGUUUCAAUUAAGAUUUUGGAGACAUAAGGAACUAUCUUUCAUAUCAGUAGAGAGGAAAAACAUGUUUAUUGGGUUAGGGUUCUCACACGGCCAUAUUUCCAUGUUACAGUGCUUGUUUACGGAAAACGGACGGAAGACCGUUGACUACCUGUGCUAAUUAGCGAUCUGCAUCUCCAAAAACCUGUGUGUAAACGGAAGAUGGACGCCACAAACUCAUCACUGAAAAUACUGUCGGCUGCAACUGUUAACACCGGUUUUAUAAACUGGGUGGUUUGAGGCCUGAAUUCUGAUUGGCUGAAAGCCAUGGUUUAUCAGACCGUAUACCACGGGUGUGACUAAACAUUUAGUUUUACGGCUCUAAUUACGUUGGGAACCAGUUUAUAAUAGCAAUAAGGCUCCUCUGGGGUUUGUGAUUAUGGUCAAUAUACCACUGCUAAGGGCUGUGUCCAGGCACUCUGUGUUGCGUCGUGCCGUGGUAUAUUGCCCAUAUACCACUCUUCCUCUGGCCUUAUUGCUUAUAUAACACUAGAGUAAAUGUAUAUUUUGCAUAUGAAAGUUGAUGGCUUUAUGUUUCUAGAACCGUACCUCAAUUUAGAUGGAGUAUUUGGCUGCCAGAGACAAUUUGCCUGUUAUAAACCAAAUAAGGGUGUGGAGUUUACUUGGUCUGGUCAUGUGGUCAGAAAAAACUCCUGGCCCUAGACAUAGUACAUGUGUAUCAAUGCAUGAAAAGACUAUUGACGGCAUUAUGUUUGUAAGUUCUCAUGCCUGAUAGCUAAAAGUAAGAACUGCCCUUGUUUCAUUCCCCAGUUCAGUCAGCCUUCCUAUUUCUAUAGAUCAUCUUUCACUUUGUAAAUAUGUAAUUGAAUAAAAUAUUCUGUCUAAUA